AUGGAUGCGGUCCCUUCGAACUCACAUGGGAACCUGGAUGAGCAGAUUGCGCAGCUCAUGCAGUGCAAGCCCUUGUCCGAACCAGAGGUAAGGGGGCUCUGUGAGAAGGCCAAGGAGAUAUUAAUGGAAGAAAGCAAUGUCCAGCCUGUGAAAAGCCCUGUAACUAUUUGUGGUGAUAUUCAUGGACAAUUCCAUGAUCUUGCCGAGCUUUUCCGCAUUGGAGGAAAGUGUCCGGAUACGAAUUAUUUGUUUAUGGGAGAUUAUGUGGAUCGUGGCUAUUAUUCAGUUGAAACAGUGACACUCUUGGUUGCCUUGAAGGUGCGUUAUCCUCAACGUAUUACUAUCCUAAGAGGAAAUCAUGAAAGCCGUCAGAUUACUCAAGUUUAUGGUUUUUAUGAUGAGUGCCUACGGAAGUAUGGUAAUGCCAAUGUUUGGAAGAUCUUUACAGAUUUAUUUGAUUAUUUCCCUCUGACAGCAUUGGUUGAAUCUGAAAUUUUCUGCCUGCAUGGUGGACUGUCUCCAUCUAUUGAAACCCUUGAUAAUAUACGUAAUUUUGACCGUGUACAAGAGGUUCCUCACGAGGGUCCUAUGUGCGAUCUUCUAUGGUCUGACCCUGAUGAUCGCUGUGGUUGGGGUAUCUCUCCCAGGGGUGCUGGAUAUACUUUUGGUCAGGACAUAUCUGAGCAGUUCAAUCAUACAAAUAACUUAAAGUUGAUUGCUAGAGCACAUCAGCUGGUCAUGGAAGGAUAUAACUGGGGUCAUGAACAAAAAGUCGUCACUAUAUUUAGUGCACCCAACUAUUGUUAUCGCUGUGGAAAUAUGGCAUCCAUCCUUGAAGUCGAUGACUGCAAAGGUCACACAUUCAUUCAGUUUGAGCCAGCUCCAAGGAGGGGAGAGCCAGAUGUGACCCGAAGAACACCUGAUUACUUCCUAUAA